AUGCCAACAUCAACGGCACCCCCUAGAUCGACGCCGCAGGAGGUGCUACGAUUCACAAACUGUCUCGCUUUACAACCGGACGGAACACUUCCCUCUGACCCUACCACCUACUCCUUACACGUGGACCCGGCUUCUGGGCACAUAAUCGAUGGUCAAUCUGCAUUUUUCGAUUCCAAAACAGCCUUCACUUCUACUAUCGACUUGGAAGGGGAUUAUCUGGUACCGGGAUUCAUCGAUGUUCAGAUCAACGGAGGCUACGGGAUUGACUUUUCAGAGUUCAGCGAGGGUCAAGAAGAAAAAUAUCUGGCAGGGCUGGAUGAGUUUGCGAAGAGGAUCCUAGAAACGGGUGUGACGAGUUUCGUACCAACGAUCAUUACGCAGCAUAGUGAGAAGUAUAGACAGAUUCUGCCUUUGCUAGCACCUCGAAGCAGACCCAACCAAGCAAACUCGUUGGGAUACCAUUGCGAAGGACCUUUCCUUUCGCCGCAUAAGAAAGGUGCACAUUGUUCAUCGCUCAUUCGUACCGCACCGAAUUCGAUUGUUGAUCUCGAAGAAGUAUACGGUUCAGGCAAAGCAGGACUAGACAUGCCUUACCCAGCAGUAAAAUUGCUCACCCUUGCACCUGAAGUCGAAGGCGUUCUCCCCGCCAUCCCCUCCCUAGUCGAGCGGGGUGUGACAGUAUCAAUAGGUCACACAGCAAGCGACAUCGACACCGCGCUAGCAGCCAAAGAAGCAGGUGCACGUUUCAUAACCCACUUAUUCAACGCUAUGGGUUCAUUCAAUCACCGAGAUCCCGGUGUAAUCGGCCUUUUGGGUGAUUCCGAAACAGACCUCACCUCACCCACCAUCUCUCCCAGUAUCGGUUCAUUGGAGCAGAGAAAACUGAGACCAUUCUACGGUCUGAUCGCAGACGGCCACCACUCGCACCCCUGUUCCGUCCGUAUGUCCUACUCCGCCCAUCCUUCAGGUUGCGUCUUGGUCUCGGACGCAAUGCCUUGGAUGGACCCUUCCAAGCCCGACGGAGUCUACCCUUGGCGUGACAACCAAAAUGUGGUCAAGACAGGAAACAAAGUCACACUCGAAAACACAGAUACUCUGGCGGGAAGCGUUGUUCCCAUUUCUGACUGCGUUACUAACUUGGCCAAGUAUGCUAGUAUUCCAUUGCACACUGCUGCGUAUUGCGCGAGUAGUACUCCUGCGUUGAUGCUCGGGUUGAAGGAGAGAAAAGGCUUUUUGGGAGCGGGUGGAGAUGCGGAUUUGGUGAGGUUAGAUAGGGUCACGGGCGAAGUUAAGGAGACUUGGGUGGCGGGGAGAUUGGUUUGGUCUCCAAAGUCUCACACCGCCGUGUCAUCAUAG